AUGUUACGAAGAUGUAUGAGAUCAUUAUAUCGUUAUCAGGAGUUUGAAAUGUCAAAGAAUGCAAAUUAUCCUUUUCACUAUGCGAGAGAAGCACCCAAUACAUCAGUGUUUCCUCAACAUCAGUUAAAUUUUUGGAUGUUCUGGGGCUGGGGCAGGCAAGAAUUAUGGAUAGAUCGUGAUACCCGGAAGUACGAGACAACCUGGGAAAUGCUUCGACGUUUACUUUUGUGGUUAUUUCCAUGUUACUUCAUCUUUCCAUUUGGCUUGCCUAAGUGGAUUGCGACUCACUAUCAUGGCGAAUAUGGUGAAAAACCUUUUCUAGACUAUACAAUGCAUUAUCCAAUGGAUAAUCAUUACAUUGAAUUCGGAGGCAGUGUGCUAGACGCGGAGUGGUUGCGUCACAUACACUCAAAGGAGUCUUACUAA